AUGCUGAAGGCGGACUACCACAGAGCCGUGGCGCUGUGCAAGGCCAGCAUCGACGGUGGUUUUGACCUCACAACCUCGCACACCAGCGUGGAGAGCUUGCCCUACGAUGCUCUUCAGAGUCUUCGAAGACAAAUGUUCUCCAGGCACAUCCGCAAGGUGGAUUGGCGAUGCAAACAACGCACAAAGGAGUUUCUGACUCAAUACCGGAAAGGUUCGAGGAUUAUCGAUAUCGCCAGACAACCAGGCCUGCGCUAUUCCCCUUACUUGAUGGCGAGAAUCUUGGUCGGAGCUCUUGAGCCAGGGGCUGCUAUAGCGCAGUUGAUGCGAACGCCUUCUCUUAUCUUGGACGAGCGAUUACGACGCGAGGUGGAGGAGUGCAUAUCUGAUGACAGGGACUACUCGCCACACCUGGACAGAGUCAGGAGAGGUGUGGGAGCCGAGUACGAGUUCGUCUUGCAGCAGAAGCUGCGCGCCAGGGGAGUCGCCUUUGAGUCGGAGUCCGAUUUGAGACAGAAAGGCGCAUACAAGACCCCGGACAUGCUACUACAGACGCCGAUGGCGGUCAAAGGGCCUAGAAAUGAGUGGGUGAUCGUGUCUUGGAUCGACAGCAAAGCCAUGUUCGGGGAUGAGCACACGUAUGUCCAGGAGCACCAAUCGCAGCUUCUCAGCUAUGUCAACAGGUACGGCCCUGGGCUGGUGAUCUACUGGUUUGGCUACGUGGAGACCCUGGUAUCUCCGGAGUUCGACGGCUACAAGAAGGACAUCAUGGUCAAAGCGGACUUUCCCAGCCCAAUCAUGCUCCCUGACGGCCAAGUACUCUAGUGCAUCUAGCGUGCCACAUUUUAGGAGCGUUUCGACGAGCGGGAAGGGGCUGGUUUAAUGCAUAUUCUGACGGGGGCGAUUGUGUGUUUGUAAGUCGGCAUUUGGCUCUAGUUCUCCGAAAUUAUCAGGGGUAAUUUUAUACAUUCUGUAGAUGUAGGGUGCUGAAAGGCGUUUCGUCCAGAAUUUAUUAUUUUGUUGGUGGGGUGUGUACAUGUUGUCGGUGUAAGUUUA